AGACGGCCUACUGAAUGGCUGUCCCCGUUUUGCUUCUAUUGAUUUUUGCUUAACUAUACUAUUUUAAUUUGUAAUGCUUUGCCAACGGCUCUCUGUCUACCAAAAGACACAUGCCCACCAAUCAAAGACGCAUUGCUUCGUCUAACGCCAAACAUCCAGCAUGGAACAAAAAUAGUGGAAGAAAUGGGGGAUCCGAAUAAACCUGUUGAAUUUAACUGUUAAUUUCAAAACCAGAAUAAAAUAUUAAAUAAAAAAUUGAUUCAAUAGAUAUUCAGAAGCUCGAAAUAAUUUCAGAUAAAUUUCAGAUAAGCAAUUCAAUUUGAGAGAGGUUUACUGACCAUCCUAUAAUUUCCAGAUAAAUUUUGCUGCUUCAAAUUGUUUCAAAUUGCCUGAAAUAAUCUGAAAAUUAUGAAAAUUAAUUGAAAAUCGUCUGGAAACUGAUCUAUUUUGCAAGUAUCUAAGUAGAAUUUCGUUUAAAAAAAUUCCAUUUUUCUUUUAUUUUCGCCGACAGAUUGAGUACAUUUAGAUGGGUUUUUAGUGAGAUUUAGAGAAAGAGGGACACAUUUUCAAACGAUGACAUGCAGUUUCUGAAAACAUCUUUAAAGUUUUAGGUAAUUUUUGAGAUUUGACCCAUACUCUGAUAAUACAAGCUAUUUUCUACUGACGUCUCUCACACAAUAAAUUUUAUGCGGCCGCAAUUUUUGCAUAAUAAAAAGGCAAUGUGUUCAAGAACACCACGUCGCGCCUCGGCUCUUCCUACCCUCUGCCUCUUUCUCCCAUACUAUCAGUGCCCCGCUCCCCUUAUUCUGUCUCCAUGACGGCCUACGGAAUGGCUGUCCCCUCUUUGAUUCUUUUGAUUUUUGAUAAACUAUUUUAAUUUGUAAUGCUUUUGCCGGUGGUAAGUUUUUUCUCCUUCUAAAUUAUUUUAUUUUACGAUAUUUAGAUUUUGUAUUCAGGCGCUAAAUUUGAGCCAUUUUUAAAUUAAUAAAAAUUUAAUUUAAUUUCAAAAAUGAGGGCAUGUAAAUGAGGGCGUACACAAGUACCAUAAUUUAUAUUUUCAGGAGAAAACCCUGGUCCAUUGGAAAAAAAAACUUAUAGCAUAGUAUGAUGAUUCAAGCGAUGACGACGAGCUCGAUCGUGAUGAUUCGGCUAAUUACAUGCACAUGAUAAUGGUAUCUACUAAGAAAAAUUCCGCAAUAUACCCUACCGAAAAAAUGACAUCAAACAUGUUUUUUGGCAUGUUGAGAGGCGUGGCAUGGAAAGAAAAGAUGAUGUCAUUAGGAUGUGCAAAUGACCUUCUGCGAGCUGUGUUCAAUGGCGAAAAGAGCAAGUAUCUCAAGGAGUCAACGAGAGAAGAACAUCCAGCAUGAGGCAAAUAGUUGAAGAAAUGGAGGAUCCGAAAAAAAAACCCGUUGAAUUUGACUUGGAUUAAUUUUUGUUAUUUUUUGAACC